GGCCCUGGCCGGGCAGGAACAAAAGGUCUGGAGCGUCUUUGAUUCGCCAAGGUCCUUGUGCACGAAGCCCGGACACGGAGGAGGAAGGAGGAACGGGAGGUCUCCAUGCCAGGCUGCGCGAGCAAAGCGCUCUUUGUAGUGAAGUGACGAGGCGGGGUGCUGCGGGGGAGGGGGCUCAGGGGGCGCAGGCUAGGGCGCCGAGGGAGGGAUGUGCCGCGGUCGCUGGGGCUGAGGGGCGCAGCGACGGGGCUGCGCGCAGGGCUGCUGGGAGGGCGCUGCGGGCGGCGGGUCCCCGGCUCUGCUCGCCAUCCCCGGAGCCACCCCCACCCAGUCCCGAAUCUGAGUGUUAUAUAAAGUCCGGGGUCGACACUCCGCGCCGUGCGGCCCGGGUCGCCGCCGCCCCCGCCCGGCCCCCCGGGCCUCCCGUGGAGCUGUACAGCGAGUGAGGGGCGGCGCGGCCGGGUGUAGUUCGCCGAGGGCGAGGGCUUUAUUCCGUGCGUGAGGCGGGGAAGGGGAGGGCAGGGCAGGGAAGGGGAAGGAGAAUGGGUCGGGGAGUCGCCCAUCUGCUGUGCUCGGGGACGCGGGCAAAGCUUGUCGGCUCGCAGAGGAACAUGGCAGGGAAGAGGACCUGUGGGUCGUUCUCUGCAGCCCCGGCUGCCCAGAGUUCCGGAGAGAGGCGGAGGGUUCGUAUCCGCUGGGAAUUGUUGGCUGUUGGGGAAACUUUCCUGCCUGGCCAGGCACGGCGCGGGGGGCUGUGUACGGGACGCGGAUCGUCGCUCGGAGUUUACUAAUGUUUACAGGGCUGCGCAGCAGGGAAACGGAAGCGGGGGGAGGUAGGAAGCGGCCGCACGCCCCAAGCGCACUGAGAGACCCCGCGGCAUGGCGCCCCUGCGCGCUCUAGCCGAGCCGGGGCUUCGCAGCUACUUUUAUAGGGGUCUUAUUAGCAUAUUGCGAACGUCCCGCUGUGGCCUCCUUGUGAUUGGUCUCGGCGUCCCCCAUGGAAUGUCCUUAUCAGUCCGCUGCUGAGCUAUUGGCUACUGAGCCGGAUGAGGGUGGGCUUUGCGCAGUGACUGAAAUCCUGAAGGAACUGGAUGAGUAUUAUGAGAAAUUCAAACGCGAGACAGACGGCGUCCAGAAAAGGAGAGUGCUGCAUUGCAUUCAGAGAGCCCUGAUUCGGAGCCAGGAGCUGGGCGACGAGAAGAUCCAGAUCGUGAGUCAGAUGGUGGAGUUGGUGGAGAACCGGACCAGGCAGGUGGACAGUCAUGUGGAGCUCUUUGAGGCUCAUCAGGAGGUCAAUGACGCCACCGGCCACAGCGGCAAAGCCGGCCAGGAUAAGUCCAAGAGUGAGACAAUCACGCAGGCGGAGAAGACCAAUAAUAAGCGGUCUCGGCGGCAGCGCAACAACGAGAACCGAGAGAAUGCGGCCAAUAAUCACGACCACGAUGACAUCACCUCCGGGACGCCUAAGGAGAAGAAAGCAAAAGCCUCCAAGAAGAAGAAACGCUCCAAGGCCAAAGCCGAGCGGGAAGCGUCCCCUGCGGACCUUCCCAUCGACCCGAACGAGCCGACGUACUGUCUGUGCAAUCAGGUCUCCUAUGGAGAAAUGAUCGGCUGUGACAACGACGAGUGCCCCAUCGAAUGGUUCCAUUUCUCCUGCGUGGGGCUGAAUCACAAACCCAAGGGCAAGUGGUACUGUCCCAAGUGUCGAGGAGAGAACGAGAAGACCAUGGACAAGGCCCUGGAGAAAUCCAAAAAGGAGCGGGCGCAUAGCAGGUAGUAGGCGGAGCCGCGCAGCGCGUAGCAGGUAGUAGGCGGAGCCGCGCGGCGGCGGGGACAGCGGCCGCCGGUGUAUUUAUUACGUCGCCGCCUGCGCUGAGGCGCAAGGACUGUACAUUGUACAUUUUUCAAGAAUGUUAGAAAAGGAGCCAUUCCUUUUGCAGGGAUGGCGGUGACUCUCUGCCUUUUGUUUUCAUUGGUACACACGUGUAACAAGAAAGUGGUCUGUGGAUCAACAUUUUAGAAACUACAAAUAUAGGUUUGAAUUAAACACUCAA